CAUCAUAAGAAGGUCGAGACAGUUCAUUAGCGCUAAAGACGUUUCUGUACGCGACUCUCCUGAGACACCGAGUGCAAAUGGAGACAUAUUUGAGGAGUUGUGGUGACGUGUUGAAGAGUCACAUGAAGAACAGCUCUGGGCUGCUACAUGUUGUGCUGGGAAAUGAGGCAUGUGAUAUUGACUCCAUGGUGUCAGCUAUCACUUUUGCCUAUUUUCUGUCAAAGACCCUAGACUCUGGGAAAGCAGCAGUGCCCAUACUAAACAUUCCACGAGCAGAAUUUCCUCUCUGCUCAGACAACAACUUCCUGCUGAGAGAAAGUGGCCUGUCCCAAGAUUACCUGCUGUUUAGAGAUGAGGUGGAUCUGCAUAGUCUGCAAAACAUAGCCAUUACAUUAGUGGAUCACAACAUUUUGACCAAAGCUGACAGGACAUUGGAGAACUCUGUUGUGGAAGUUAUUGAUCAUCAUCGUUUAGAAAGGAUCCCAUCUUCCUCUUGCCAUGUCACCGUGGAGACGGUGGGCUCUUGUGCCACCCUGGUGACAGAAAGAAUUGUCCAGAAAGCUCCUGAGAUUUUGGAUGAACAGAUGGCAAAGCUUAUAUAUGGCACUAUCAUCACUGACUGUGUUAAUAUGGCACCGGAGGCAGGAAAAGUUACACCCAAGGAUAGCCAGUAUAUUAACUUUCUAGAGACGCAUUUUCCUAAACUCCCUCCCAGGAGCAUGUUCUUCCAAUCUCUGCAGACUGCCAAGUUUGAUGUGGCUGGUCUCAGUACAGAACAGAUGAUGUUAAAAGACAUGAAGACGUUAUCUGAGGGAGAUCUGAAGGUGGUUGUCAGCGUUGUCUACAUGACCCUUGAUUCUUUUCUACAGAGACAACACCUACAACAGGAGCUUUGUGGAUUCUGUCAUAAGCACAAAUACAACCUGGCGGUGAUCAUGACCAUCUCAUUUAUUGACGAUAAGGAGCCCUUCAGACAGCUUGCAGUUUACAGUUCCAACUCGUGUUACAGUCAGGAGGUAAUCCGAGCACUGGAGAAAGCCAGGAACCCUCAUCUGAACCUAAGUCCAAUGAGCAGUCCCUAUACAGAGAUAAAGGCCUUUCUUCAGGGCAACACACUGGCCUCUCGCAAGAAGGUCUUGCCUAUCAUUGUAGACUUCCUUAAAGACUAUGAGCAGAAAAUGGCACAAGGAGGCAACCUGGAAGACCUGGAUCUAGAAGAUGAGUGUGCACAGGAGAUGAGUGACUUUCAGCAGUGCUGUGAAGACACAGUGAUGGAAGAGGAUGCCGGCGUUCCUCCAACCCCCAUGAACAGUCUGGUCGAAGGCUGCCCACUGGACAGCGGGCUUCCCAAGAUCAAUACAGAUAUACUAGUAGCAAAAGUCAGCAAGAUAGCCAGUGAGGAGGACGAUGAAGGACAAUAAUGGUGCACAAGUCACGGUACUGAACCUCAAAGCCACUGAGGAAUUUUACAGUUGAAAAGAACAGGUUUUCUUCAAAUACCGGGUGAGUCAAAAUUAUGUUAACACUAAUGGAUCUAUUCCCCACGAAAUGUGGGUCUGGGCUUUAAAUGGUACUGUUGCUCGCUGGUUUUUGUGUGUUGAACAUGAUGGCGAACAGGUUGAGACCUGUAAAUCAUCUUAACAUAAUGUUAACAUAAUUUUGACUCACCCUGUACUUUCAAUCAUUAAACAUGAAGCAAUCCUAAAAUACAGUUAUUACGAAAUUGGAUGUGUUCAUUAUUUUAUAAUUUAGACUGUUUUAGACAUUCACUGAUUUCAUUUCUUACUGUAGUUUUAGGAGAAAAAUUGAUAAAUGCCUUUAUUUGUCAUAUAUACAUAUACAUACAGUAUAUACAUGUACAGUACGACAGCUUAUCCCAACUCGUUUGGAAUUCUGGGGUCAUAGUGCAGGGUCAGCCAUUGUACAGCGCCCCUGGAGCCGAGAAGGUUAAGGGCCUUGCUCAAGGUGGCUGCAUGGAAGAGCCAGGAUUUGAACUCUCAAAAAUGUUUAAUGCAUAAAUGUUUAAAAUAAGUAAACAUGUCUGCUAAUACAGUAAGAGAAAUGUACCAAACAAAUAGAUUUCACUGUCCUAAUUUUAUUAACAAACAACAAACUAAAAAAUGAAAAGCAUAAGUCCAAGUACAAAUUUAGAGGUAAUAUUUUUGAUAUUUUGUUGCAUUUAAAGAUUAAUCAGAAAGUGGUGCAUUUGUGGUGGUUCCACAAGUUGCCAUGGGAAGCCUACAAUAUAAACUUAAAGUCAUUAUUGUCGGGUCAAAUUUGGCAACAGCCGUAGCUCAAAUACUUGGUUUCAGAAGUAUUGUCAUUAAAAAUCAUGUAAUUCGCUUACAUUGACAUUGUUUUAGCCUUUUGGCAAAGGCAUUUAGAUGUUUCAUUUAAGAUCUCCUAUUAGUCUAUUGAGGCUGUGAUAUCUAACAUUCAAACAAGGUUCCCCUAGCCUAUGAAGGAAAGACAGCCACAAAGAUUGAACAUUCUCGAUUAGUAGAGAUAAUCUUAACAGUCAAAAUUUGUUCUUUCAAAAUCAUUUGUAACAAGUCUGAAGAGAUGUGAAAGAUUUUGACUUAAAGGUGAGAAAGUCUUGUUAAAAUGACAUUAUUUUUAUUAGCCUAGCUAUGCCUCUCAAACCUCUGAGCUCAAAGAAACAGCUGUGUCUAAAAUAGGCUUUCUUUCAACCUGUACUGAAAGAGUAGUAUAGUUACACACUAUAAUGUAGGAUUUGAAACACAGACAGGAAAUCAAUUGUGUACGCUUCAGAAACUGUGUCUGCUUGUUAUAAUCACAUGUACAGUAGUGUUAAAAAAAAUAGCAGUGAUUUUAAAAAAGUGAAUAAAGCACAAAAUCAUUAUAAUAACUUAUUUCCAUAAAUGCAAAUGCACUGAAAAUACUACACUUUCAAUUCUAAAUCAAAACAUUAACAAAAUUUUGCCAGUUUGUGUUUAUCCUUUACAGAAAGUUAAGAAAAAUGAAUAUUAGGCUGUUCAAAAAAAUAGC